UUCUGCGUUUAUCACUAAUACCGUGAAUACUAUUUUUACGGGGUUUAUUCCCAACACUUAACUUAUUAAAGAAGGUUAUUUUUCUAUUAUCAAAGUUACUGUAUUCAGCUUGCUAUAAAGAGUUAUAUGUUGUAGCAGAUUUUUACUGUUGGAACGAUUUCACAGGAAACAAUUUUUUUAAAAAAUACUUAACACUUUACUUUGGAAAUGUAUAGUUUGGAUUACAAAAAGUAUUUGUAUUUAUACAAAAAAAAUGAUUACAUAAUAGGGAAAUGUAUAGGUACUAUCUGCAGGCUUUUAUACUUAAACUUUCCUGGAACUCUAAACUUCCUUUCAUAUUAUCACUAGAAAGUUUGGCGAUUCUGCAAUUAAGGGUCCUCUGUUUGGACUGGAAUUACUUACGUUAUCAUGAGCCUACAGAAAAAAGUUUGGUUUUGAAAAAUUUGCAACGUCUGUCCGGAUGGAAUCCUUGGUAUUGUAUUGGGUCUCUCUUUAGACUAUUUCCCAAUUUAAAGAAGUUGCAAAUACAUGGCACCCGCGAAGACUUUCAUGGUCACAAAGACCUCUAUGAUUUUCGCUACUUAGAUCAGCUCGAGGAAUUCGAAUUUUAUCAGUCUUAUCCAGACACAUUUGCUUGUGAUUAGCAUACUGCUCCAAUCCUUUGGAUACCAUCUAUUUACACCAAUCAUUAACAUGUGUAUUCCCAAGGGCUGUAUUUCGUCAUCUGAAAACAUUCAGAAGAGGUACAUGUAGCUUCAUGUAAUACUAUUUCAGGAGAGAUACAUGUCCAGUUGUAAUAUGAUCUCUGAUCUAGAUUAUUGAACUUUCAAUACUAGCUGGAGGGUGGUCGGUACUGACUGGGAGAGCAUGGAUAAGAUUUUGUUUUCUCAUCCUUCUGCUGUAAUGUGUGAGAGAUUCAGAGGCUUACUUGGUAUUAGUGAUUCGUUGAUGCAGCGUAUGCAUAUUUCGGAAUGUCAUCUAUAGUUCUAUUGGAGGACUAGAUGAGUUAACGCUGUCUGUGCUUGGGCAAAAUAUGCUAUUUAUCUUGUAAUUCCCGUAUAUAUCAUUCAAUGUCAAUAGGCUUCCUUCUGAUUCAUGUUUAAGUUUCUCAUUGAGUGUCAAUGAACUUCCUAUUAGUACAACUCCAUCGGUCCAACUCUAUGUGUUUUGGUCUAUCUUACUUUCGGUUGCUGAUAGAAAAGGCAGAUCUUUCGCACCAGCCCUGAUGCACUGAUGAUAGUACAUAAUAUCUCCUUGGAAAUUUCCUUAAUUCCAGGACACAAAAUAGAUCCUGUGGGUGGUCAAAUCUUAGGAAUUGCAGUUAGUUUUUAUUCCAUUAAACGCUGAUACAAAAAAUAAAUUCUCUUUGCCGUCAAAUAUUGGAUAUACAGUCGUAUGCUUAGUCUUACCUGCAAUUCUUGUGCUAACUGGAUCUACAUUGCUCAGAGGUGAAUAAUUAUCAUGCAUAAAAUCUCUGUAGUAAGCUAAUUAGAGUAAUAUUUUGAUUGGUCCCUCUGCUCACAUCAUUUUAUAUUCCAGGAGGUAUAUCGCAAUGGUGAAGAUGUGCCAGAUUAUUAGAGAUAGGAAUAAACUGAUGACACUAUUACUUUUACUGAUGAAUAUUAUCCUUGUCCAUUUUCAGGACAGUUCUUUUGAAUGUGGCACCAAACCAUACGCAAAAGACGACUUGUAUUUGCUUUGUGGAAAGUUAAUCUCAGCUUUGGAGAGGCUUGAACUUCUAAGCGAGGAUAAAACGGGUCAUGACCUUAAGGUGUUCCGAAGAUUUGCUAGUUCUGUGAAAGAAAUAUCGAUUCAGAAGUCACCUGUUUGAGUAGAGAUCUUGUUCAUUCUUUUUCUUUUCUAAAUUUUAGCAUAGUUAGGAUGAGUUUGGAUGUCGUUUAAAUGUAAUUGUAUAUCGUCUUUUAUCCAGUAUCGGUCUUGUAAUUUUUUUAAUCCUCCAAUCAGUUGUACAUAUUGUAUAUCAUACAACUUGCUGUAAUGUGCAAUUUAGUAUUUUCCAUUUCAAUGGAGUUUUA